GAACGCAAGGUUCGUCGACCAAUUGGUGGACUAGGUCGGCGUAAAGGGGAUGAAUUUAUCCAGUCAAGCGAUGACAGUGGUAGUAGUAAUGAAGGUGAUCAAGGAGUUGCUGCUAGAAUUCGCAAUGAUCGAGACAACGGCAGUGAUGUUGAGCGUGCUACUAAGGAGAUUCAUCGUUCGAAACACAAAAAAGGAGACUUAGGUGGCUCUAAGCGUCAGAGAGGGUCACACUUCAGUUCCCGAACUCUAAAACCAAAGAAAUUGCGUUCCUCUGUUAAUGAAGAAGGUCUUUCGGCCAAGCAACGACCACGGAUCGUAAGCAAAGCUAUAAUCUCUGAUUCAAGUGGCGAUUCAUCCAGUUCCUCAGAGGACGAGCUACGCGAGACUACGCGAAAGGCCAUUGAAUUGGCUAAGGCGUUAGAUAGCGACAACUCGAACGAAUCUGAUGAGGAAGAACCCAGGCAAAACACCAGAAAAAGAACCACACAUUCAGGCGAUAUGGCUGACUCCUCAGAACUAUCCGAUAUUGAGGAACCAAGUCGUUUUUCUAAAUCGCACGUUAUCUCUUCCGCUCGCAAAAAAUCUCGAUCGAGUGGCCGUGAACGUGGCCAGAAAAAGUGGAGUAAACACUCUCGAAUUCAGCAUUCAGAUUCUGAGUCCAGUUCGAAUAGUAGGGCAGCAGACAGUAGCGAUGAGACGUCAUCACCCAUUGCCAGACAUGAGCGUUUAGCCCCAAUCAAGAAACACGCUUUGUCCGAGAAACGUAAAGAUAGCCCAGGUAAUAUUAGUCAGAAUCGACGAUUCGUAGAUAAGGGCGUGAAGGAUGGAAGAGCUGAAGUGGACGAUGAUGACGAGGACUCUGACAAAGAUGGAUCGGGUGCCUCAAAGCGAAUGCGCUUGUUGGCCAGCAGCAGCAGCACAGGUGAAGAAGAUGAGGAGGAUGAGAAUGAAGCCGUUGAACGGAUGACGGCGCUCAGUUCGACUUCAAACUUUCAUUCCACUAACAAGACUUCAUCUAACAUGAAUGAGGAAAAUGCAGGCUGUGAGCAUCCUGGAUCGACGGUUUCCAGCGGGCGUUCUAUAGCUGCUGUGGCCGCCCCCACU